GGACAGGAUUGUACUUAUCUAGUAAGCCGUAUAUACUUGUUAAAGCCGGCUACAAGACCAUGCUGCUCCGGUAAUAUUCCCCUGCGUGACUGUCCCGCGUUUCGGCUUUUCUUGCGUGUUUUGGCUGCAGCAUUUCAUCAUCAUCCUUCCGCAGCCAAGGCGACCAUUCACCAAAGCAUAAGCUUAAGCUGCUUGCUUGUCUUGUUCGUUGUGUUUUAGGCGCGGUCUAUCAAUAACGUUGCUAGUCCUAGGGUUGUACACAUGUCACCACCAAGUCUACGCAGCGGCCGCGGUCUUGCGCUCGAUACCCAUCAAGAGGCAAGCAUCCUUCCUCCCUUCACCACCAAGAAGGCGAUUGCCAGUACAGGCGGCGGUACGACCAACAUCAGCAUUGCCCUUGCUGAACCUGUUUUGUUUCUGACAGGUGGGUUUGAUAGCCAUGAACGGCAUCAUGAACGACCGACCAUGUUGCGCGGUACACUCAUGGUUCAAUUUGCAAAACCAACAAAGAUCAAAGCCAUUAGCUUACAAUUCUCCGGCAAGGGAAGGACAGAUUGGCCAGAGGGCAUUCCACCAAAGAAGCAAGAGUUUUUUGAGGAAAAACAACUCAUGCAUCAUGUUUGGACAUUCUUCAAUGCACAGUAUCCCAUUCAUGAGCACUCUCAUGGUGCAGAUCGGUUUGUGAGCGCAGAUGCAAGUGUUCCUAGUACAACAGGCAACGGAGCACUCAUGACACCUGCCCUCUCCUCCCAACCAACCCAAGACUCAACGCACACGACUAGUUCACCCACGCGUUCAGGCUCCAUCAGUGGCAUGCUGCCCCUCGGCAAUGCAAAAUCUUUCAGUAAACACGAUGCAGCCACCACACAACUCAAGGGAUCGCGUGUGUUUGCCGCUGGUGAGUACUACUAUGAUUUCGAGUUACCCAUCCCGAGCUUUUUACCAGAAACCAUCAAUUGCGAGAUGGGCAAGGUGUGCUAUGAGCUCUCAGCAACGGUGGAACGUGCCGGUGCAUUUAAAAGUAAUCUCGCUGGAAAGAUGCCCAUUCAACUCAUUCGAACACCUGGUGAAGCAAACAUGGAAUCAUCUGAACCUAUUGCUAUUAGUAGGAAUUGGGAGGAUCAAUUACAUUACGAUAUUGUCAUUUCUGGGAAAUCUUUCCCGCUUGGACAAAAGAUCCCGAUUGCCUUCAAACUGACGCCGCUUGCAAAAGUCAGGGUGCAUCGCAUCAAGGUCUUUGUCACUGAGACCGUUGAGUAUUGGUGUAAAAACAAAAAAGUCCACAGACUCGAACCAACACGCAAGAUUUUACUAAAGGAAAAGAAUGCAGGCUUGGCUGGUGGUGCGAAUGAAUCGCUUCUUGGCAAUAUCGAUGGUGCAAGUAAUGCAGGGGCCACAGAAUUUGAUAUUGAGGUGCCAUUGCCUACCUGCCAAGCAAUAGGCAAGGACAGAAUCCACUUUGAUACAACGUUUGCAAAUAUCAAAGUCCAUCACUGGAUCAAGGUCGUCUUGCGGUUGUCCAAAGCAGACCCUCAACCCAAUGACCCAGCAAAACGACGACACUUUGAAAUCUCCAUUGAUUCACCCAUUCAUCUACUUUCUUGUCGGUGCGUACACGCCAAUACGCAGUUGCCCACAUACUCGGAUAAUAUGAACGCCGUCCAGAUGCGUCUCCCUUGUCCCUGUGAAAUCAGAGCCGGUUCAGGCGAAGCUUCACCCGUCCCAGUCCUCCUCCAUCAUUCAAGCAGCGCCUCCUCGAAUGGCUACCAGGACGGCGAUACCGCUGCCCGACCCAUGCAUUUCCUACGUCAACCUUCAACGCUACCACCACCCUUCAGUGCAGAUUCCGCACCACCACCACUCAUGACACCACCGCCAAACUAUGACUUCACACCCGGUCAUCAGCAGCGUGCUAUUGAUUACUUCACCACGCUGAGUAUCGAUGGCGCUGAUGAUCCUCAUCGAGAUCGCGCAAGUGAUGAUUCUGAAGUCGGUACACGCACACCUGGUCUGCAUCCAGCCAUGCGAUCCGAUGCGUCACCUGUUUCACCAACGCAUUCACAACAGCCCAACCACCCAUCACCUAUCAGGAGGCGUCCACCACAAGGAUCACUGACGAGUGCAGGGUUUGGACAGGCAGGUGCUGUGCAAGGCCUGGGAUUGAUGGUGCCUGCUGAUGCAGCAGCAUCAACAAGACAACGUCGUGGCAGUGCGAUUGAGCUAAGAGGCCAUUACGGUGUUCCACAAGCACAAGCAGCACAACCGGGUUCAACGCAAUGGGCUGGUUCUGGACGUGAUUUCUAUGCAACGGGACAAUCAUGAUCAAAAUGAAAUGCUUUUUCUUUGUAGACUAGACUCUCUUUCUCUUUUCUUUCUCUUGUAGCAACUUUAAGCAAACAUGGCGGU